AUGAUACUCAAUUUUCUCUUGUCGAUAAUCUUAUAACCUCAUAUAAAAAUGCCUAAAUAAGCUAAACUUCACACGUAUGAAGUUAUUUUAAAGUGUUUAAAGUGCAAGAAAUUGAAAUUUUGGCUAUAUUUUAAAUACUCGCCCGGAUAUGGAUAUCCUAUUAUGGGCCGGAUAAGGGUGUAUCUGACCCAUGAGAAAUUCGGGUAAAACUUCUGAUAGCACCAAAAUAUCUGAAGCAGGGAGAAGAAGCACAAAAUUGACUUACAGCUAUGGGGCUCUCAGCUUCUAAGAGAGUUAGCAAUUCACUCCAAAAUUCAUCCGAAUUCAACUCGGCAUGUGAUUCAGUCUAUGAUGAUUGUCUCUCCCUAUCACAGCACGCUUUCGCCGGAGUGAAACCCUACCAGCUUUUCUCCGCCGUGGAACGCCUGCACGCUUCUCUCUCUCCCUCCGUCCCUCUCAUAAACAAUUGGGUUAAAUCGCCUCCGACCCGAUUACAGGUCGAUAAGGCCUUCAAAAUCGUGUCAACGCGCCGAUCCGGCGAAAAGGAGAGUGAAAUUGUGCUUGGGAACAAGGAAUUCAAGGAGUUCUCAGUGGAGGUAUUUUCGGACGCUGUCGUUUCGUGUGCAGGGAAAGAGCUUCUAAAGCGGGUUCCGCUUGGUGCUUUGGGGAUUGCUGGCGUUGGUGCGGUGGUGAAGCCUGGGAAAGAAUUAAUUGCGGCGGCGAUUGGUGCUUACGCGCUCGGUGUUGCAACUUCGGUAUACGUCAGCUUGGCUUAAACGUAUGCUUUUUUUUUUAAUUACAAAAAUGGAUAAAAGUUUUUUACAAGUUUGGUUAAUCCAAAAAGUACAAAUUAGUCAUGUUUUAAAUUAUUGUAACCCCUAAUAAGAGACUGAAAGCAAGUAGAAUAAUUGUAAUUAGAUGAUUAACAGUCUUUAUCUACAUUUA